CUUACUCAAUUUUAAUUGCAUGGUAUUAUCGUAUUUUAUCAAUUACUCGCUAAUUGAAAUGCAAAAUAACCAUGUUUUCAUAAACAUUCCCAGCUGACUAGCUGUCUAUCCGCGUGUGUUAUUGUUAUCAGUGGCGUGUUUAUUCGCGCUCGCAUCGUACGACCGCGAUCGCGACGUCAUGACCAGCGUUUGAACUGAAUUCAAAGCCAUUUUUAGGGCACAUAUACUGCGAAAUUACGAAACCAGUGGUAGCCCUACUUGUAGACGGUACUGUUUACUCACAAGCAAGUCGUCACAACUGCCCCUGCUUCCCAUUAGUAUUAAUUUAAAGACCACAAUGUCAAGUAUUAAAAUUUGCUUCGCGAUAUUAUUUAUUUACGGUAUCCUCGCUCAGAAUUCUUUGGGUUUAUCGCCGGUUAUCUUAAUACCCGGGGACGGCGGCAGCCAGUUAGAAGCGAAGUUAAAUAAGACCUCAGUAGUUCAUUACAUAUGCGCCAAGACAUCAGCUGAUUAUUUUAAUAUUUGGCUGAAUUUGGAGUUGCUAGUGCCAUUUGUAAUAGACUGUUGGGUGGACAACUUGAAGUUGGAGUACGACAAUGUGACGCGGACCACUCGGAACCCUGCGGGCGUCGACGUGCGCGUCCCGGGCUGGGGCACCCCGGAGCCCGUGGAGUGGCUCGACCCCUCGCAUGAGAAGUCCGGGGUGUACUUCAACACCAUUGCUGAUGCUCUUGUCAAAAUAGGAUAUGUCAGAAAUGUGUCCAUCAGAGGGGCACCUUACGAUUUUCGUAGAGCACCAAAUGAGAAUGCAGAGUUCUUUGUUAAACUAAAGACCCUAGUGGAAGAUACCUACAACAUCAACAACAAGACAUCUGUGACGCUGCUGGUGCACAGCAUGGGCGGGUCUAUGGCACUGCACUUCCUGCAGCUGCAGACGCAGGCCUGGAAGGACCAGUACAUCCGCCGUCUGCUGUCGCUCUCCACACCCUGGGCAGGAGCGGUCAAGGCACUUAAAACUUUUGCCAUUGGCGACGACCUGGGGUCGCGCGUGUUGCGCGAGAGCGUGCUGCGCGCGCAGCAGAUCACGUGCCCGUCGCUGGCGUGGCUUCUGCCUUCCCCGCUGUUCUGGAAGCCGCAAGAGGUGCUGGUGCAGACCGACAAGUACAACUACACCAUCAACGACCUGCAGAAACUGUUCACCGAUAUGAACCUGCCGAACGCUUGGGAGAUGCGCAAGGACACGGACCAGUUCAGGACGGACUUCAGCGCGCCGGGCGUGGAGGUGCACUGCGUGUACGGGUACAACAUCUCCACCGUCGACAGGCUGGUGUACUCUGGUGGCACCUGGCUGGACGGGUACCCGGUGCUGUCUCCGGGGGACGGGGACGGCACCGUGAACGUGCGCUCGCUGUCCGCGUGCGAGCACUGGGCCAAGCGCCGCCAGUACGGACGGUACGGAGGGGAGGGAGGGGACGGAGGGUUCAGGCGCACCCUCAACGGCAAGCCCGUCAAGUCGCUGCCGCUGCCCAACGCCGAGCACCUCACCAUCCUGCACGACCCGCGCGUGCUCGACUACAUCACCACCGUUAUGCAGCACCCGUAAAUUUAUAAUUUAAAAGCCGACUGUGGCGCACGCUUUGUAUGGUGUGUACUGUUGGCGCCCCGGCCCCUGUUUGUUGGCGCGAAUGUCAAAUAUGGACCCUCUGACGCGCACGGGAACGUGCGCAAACUGUACAGGCCAGAGGGGUCAAUGCCGUGUUGCCCAGGUUUAUAUGCUCUAAAUAUCGUCUGACAUUUGGAACAUACAAAAAUACCCCUAGCUUAUCACGACACUGCUUCGCUCAGUCAAAAAAGCCAGUACGUCCACUGUUUCGUGCAAUAUUAUGAUAUGAAAAAGUUGUGUUAAUUUCAUAGGGAAGUGAAUUUUAGUAAAUGGUAGCUUAACUUGCGAGCGCCGCGGAGAGUUUAAACUUACGCAAGUACGCAAAUUACGCAAGUAAGUAUAACGGGUGAACAUUAGCACUAAUUGACUAGCACGUUAUUAUUUCGUGGAUUAGCAAAGUAAUAAUUUUGUUUUGAUUUGCCAGUUAAAUCCGGCUUAGAUGAUUCUUUUGGAUUAAUUUGAACUUUAUAAUUGAGGAGUGUCUUUUCAAAAGGGUUU